AUGGUAAGAAGGAUACUGCUAUUCUUGAGUCUACUUUAUAAUCAUUUAGUAGAUUCGCAGACUUCUUCUUCUCAGAUUUAGCCCAUCUUAACAACAAACUUAAAUACAGAAUAUAAUGGCCAGACAUACUAUUAAUUCUCAUUUAAUUAUACAGGGUAGGCCGUGUAUGAUGGCAAUGCUAGAAUUGUUGUUACAUUCCCUGAUCAAAUCACAUUAAAUUUAUUCCCCGCUUAUUUGGACUGCCAAUUUUAAGUUAAAAAGACUUAUAAGACAGUAAAUUGUGAUUAUAAUAACAAUGGAGAAGUCAUUGUUUAUGUUGGUAAUUUAAGCUAAGGCACUAAUAAUCUUGCUAUUGGAAGCAUUUAAAAUCCUAAUGGAAUAACAGGAACCUCAUUCUUUAAGCUAUGUAUAUACUAUAACGAUGUACCUACUAACUGUAACCAGAAUUUUGGUUAAGUAUUCUUUGAUAGAUCUCCAGCUAGUAUGGUAUCUGGAAAUGUUCAAUUCAAAAGUUCAUUGAUAGUAGGAUAGGGAAGUUCAUGGAUUUUUAAUUUUAGUCUCAAAGGUUUAAUAUAUGAUGCAGGACUUUACAGUAUAAGGAUAACUUUUCCAAAUGGGUUUACAACUUAACAGACUAUCUGCGAAGUUGAUGGAAAUCCUACAUAAAGCAAAAGCAUUGUUCUUUUCAGCUAAAAUGUAAUAGAAUGCUAAAAUAUUAAUAAAUAAAUGUCAGGUUCUUAAGAAGUUAGAAUCAUAAACAUGAUAAAUCCAUUAAGUGCUACUUAAUUAACAAGCUUCAAAGUUGAAUUACUAUAAUAAUCAAGUGGUAUCAUUUUAGAAAGAAUUAAUAUAACUCCAAAACCUUCAAUUAGCCUCAUAUCAGGUAUUUGUUUUUAUUAAUAUUUUGGUAUAUUUAAAUUUACAUUAUUAUUAGGUAGUAUGAGUGCUUCAUUAUAGUAGUCUGAUUAGUACAGUUUAUCAAAUUCUACUUACACUUUUUAUCUUAAUCCUUUAACUCUUCUAGGUAUAAUUUAUAUUUUCAACUUAAACUUAAAAUAAAUCUAAAAAAUAUUAACAAAGGUGAUGGAGGAUCUCUUACUUUAAAAUUCCCAUCUAGUUAUACUUUAUGGGCACUUAAUUGUACAUUGCUUAAAGGACUCUAGAGAUAUUCUGGAUCAAAUCCUAGUUGCUUUUUAGAUUUAAAAAAUAAUUAAUAUGUUGUGA